AUGGCACCAAUCGGCGUUGCUAUUGUUGGCAGUGGCAUCUUUGUCAAGGAGCAACACCUUCCAGCAGUCGCCCAGGCGUCUGAUCUACUCUCCCUCAAGGCCAUCUACUCGCGCUCCCUCAAGUCAGCUCAGGAGACAGCUGCUCUCGCGACCAAUGGCGCCUCGCUGGAGCUGUACUCGAAUGACGCGGGCGUAGGCAGGACCUAUCACGACCUGCUUCUGCGAGAUGACGUUCACGCUGUCAUCAUCGCUUUGCCCAUCCUCAGCCAGCCCGAGCACAUUGAAGCCGCCUUGAAAGCUGGCAAGCACGUCCUGGCUGAGAAGCCCAUUGCUGCCGAUGUGGCCGGCGGCAAGAAGCUGAUUGACUACUGGAAGAGCCUACCUGGCAAGGCCACGCUGUCCAUUGCAGAGAAUCACCGUUUUCUCCCCAGCUUCACGUAUGCAGCGGAGCAGGCUGCCCGUCUGGGGAGAGUCACGCACUUCGACAUUAAGAGCUUCGGUCUCAUGCGAUCAGACAACAAGUAUUUCAACACUGCCUGGCGCAAGACACCUGAAUACCAGGGCGGCUUCCUCCUAGAUGGCGGUGUGCACCAUGCUGCCACUGCGCGUCUGUUCCUCCGCGGCAAGGACUCGGCGGCCUCGCAGGUGGCUGCGUACUCGCAGCAGGCACAGGAGCACCUUCCACCCAUCGACUCGGUGACCGCCAUUGUCAAGACCAAAUCAGGUGCUAGCGGGGCCUUCCAAAUUUCCUCCGGCACACGCCUCAGUGCCUACGAGUGGCAGAUUGGGUAUGAGAAGGGGUCUGUCAAAGUGGCUGGCGAGAAGGUCACGGUCACCACGGAGAAUGGGGAGGAGACCGUCAAGGAGUUUGAGAGGACCAGCGGCGUCAAGGAAGAGGUCGCCGCUUGGGCCCAAGGCAUCGCCAGUGGCAAGCAGAACCCUCUCCAGACGCCGGAAGAGGCGCUGGCCGACCUUGAGUUCCUGGAGAAGAUGUUCCGUAGCGGAGAGCAGGAUGGUGCGAUGCAAAAGUACGAGCUGCAGUAG